AGGUUUUUGCGUGCUUGUCGUUAGGGUUUAAGCCCCCUGCAAAGACCCGCGCGAUCUUCUUCCCCCACCCUCCCGAGCUCGCAGCAAUGGCGACUUCCCUCUCCAAGCUCUCCUCCCACCUCCACCGCUGCCUCCUCUCGAACCGCAGGGCUCCUGGCGCCGCCGCGUCCCUGUGCACGACGGCGGCCUCGUCGCCUCCGGUCGCCGCCGCUCCGGAGCCGGAGGACGGGGGCCUCGAGUCGGAGGCCGACGCGGCUCCGUCGCAGCAGUCGCCGCAGCCGGCGUCCGCGGCGCCGGAGCCGGACCAGCAGCGCACGGUCUACGACCGGCCUCUCAAGGACGGCCUCGACGCCGGGAUUUACAAGGCUAUAAUAAUGGGGCAGGUUGGGCAAAAUCCAGUUGUGAAGAGGCUGAAGAGUGGGAGGAUGGUAACCCUGUUCUCGGUCGGGACAGGUGGCAUUCGCAACAAUAGGAGGCCGCUCCAAAACGAGGAUCCCAGAGAGUAUGCAAAUCGCUCUUCGGUCCAGUGGCAUCGGGUUGCAGUCUAUCCCGAGGCACUGGGGGAUAUGGUCAGGAAGCAUGUUAGUCCUGGCAUGAUCUUGUACUUGGAGGGCAAUUUGGAGUCCAAAGUCUUCACCGAUCCUAUAACUGGUCUUGUUCGACGCAUAAGAGAGAUUGCAAUCCGUCGAAAUGGUCGCAUUGUGUUUGUUGGGAAAGGUGGCGAUUCCCAGCAGGCAUCACAGGGGGAGAUGAGAGGUGUUGGCUAUUACUGAAGGAGGAUGAGAGAAAAGGAGAGAAGGGAGGGGCAGGGGAUGUUUGACGAGGUGCUUGUUUUCACUUUCGUGCGUUUCUUUUGUAACCUCAUCUACAUUGAGACUUACAGGGCCAUGCAAAAGCUGAUAUUCUCACUUCUUACUGUUGCACGGGUCAUGGCCUACCCGUGUAUAUUCUUUUGUCCUGGGUAGGGCCAAUGACAUCGACGGAAAUUCAUUAUCAUGAACCAGAGCUGAUUAUUCAUCGAUCUCUGAAAUUGUCUAAGGUUGUACGCAGAGAUAUUCUCCCAAUGUCUGCCUCUUUGUUAAUUUUUUUGACGUUUCUCUAUGUUGGUUAGCCUUUCUACAUUUGCUGCUUCAGAGUUCUCCCAAAAUUGACAUACUGUUGAAGUGUAACUGGUUGUAACCAGAUCAAUGCAGAUUGCCUGAUGUUUUCGUUGGCAUAAAGGAGAAGUGGAUAUCGGGGAAUUUCACUUAGUUGAGAAGGUCAUUUUUCCUCUG